GACGCUCUAAGCUUACUUGACUCUUUACCUUCUCUCUGACUGCUUCCAAGUCCGUCGUUGGCAUAUUGUUUCCAUUCCUUUUGAAUACAGCGCCAUUCCUCUUUCCCUCCAGUCAGUUCCAAACAGAAACCAUCACUCCUAAUCUCAAUCACAUCAUGCUUACUUCAACAACCCUCCUCCUCGCUCUUGUGGCACAGGUCCUCGCGCACCCUGCCCAGAACCGUUGCGCGGGCGGUGGCGGCGUUAAGGGCGGCAAGGCCAUCUACAUUCUCUCCAACGAAAAGGACAAUGCGGUGGUCGCUAUGCCCAUUGACAAGGAUGGUAAACUGGGCCAGGGGGUCAGCACUGCUACCGGUGGUGAGGGAGCCAAUGCCGUCGACGGCAAUGGCCAACCCGCGGGCCCCGAUGCACUAUUCAGCCAGUCUGCUCUCACUGUCACCGGCAUGAACCUCUUCGCCGUCAACCCGGGCUCCAACACUCUUACCAUGUUCGCCAUCGACCCCACAGACCCGACCAGGCUCACCAUGAUCGGCAAGCCCACCACCAUCCCCGGCGAGUUUCCCGUCACCGUCGCCGCUUCCAACAAGAACGAGGUGGCCUGCGUCGGUACUUCUGGCGCCAAGGCCGGCAUCUCGUGCGCAUCCUUCUCCGACAAGGGCCUCGGCGAGAUGGACGCCCUCCGCGUCUUCGACCUCGGCCAGACCACACCCCCCAAGGGCCCCACCAACACCGUCUCGCAGGUCUUCUUCUCCCGCGACCAAAAGACCCUCUUCUCCACCGUCAAGGGCGACCCUUCGACCAAGAAGGAAGGCUUCAUCGCUUCUUUCCCCGUCUCCGCCGCCAAGGUCGACUCCAACCUCACCAAGGCUACCCCCGAGGGCACCGCCGUGCUCUUUGGCGCCACCACCAUCCCCGGCAGCAAGGACCUGUUUGUGACCGACGCGUCCUUUGGCGCCGUCGUCCUCGGCCUGGACCAAAAGAACCAGACCUUCUCGACCGUCAAGGGCAAGGGUGAGAUCCAGGGACAAAAGGCCACCUGCUGGGCUGCCUUCAGCCCGGCCACCCGGACUGUGUUCGUCACCGACGUCGCCAUCAACCGCCUGGUCGAGAUGUCGACCGAGGACGCCAAAGUCCUCAACACGGCCGAGCUCACCAACGGCGACCCCGGCCUCAUCGACCUCCAGGCCGCCGGCAAGUUUGUCUACGCCCUCAGCCCCGGCAACGACACCACUCCUGCUGCUGUUACCGUCGUCGACACAAUGACCAGACAGCAGGUGCAGCAUAUGCAGAUGGAUGCGAAGCUUGCGGGCAAGAGCUCGAUGGGCAUGGCUCUGUUGAAGUAAUUGAAUCAUCUUGAUUGAUUUCUUUUUAGAAUUCAGGUUGGAAGGUUUUCUUUUGUGGGAUAAAUGAUUUGCUGUUUUUCUUUUUUUUUUUUUUUGUUCUUUAUGACUGCUUAAGUUAAGCUAUUUUAUACCCAUAGCUGGUGUCGAAAAUUGUAAUGCAAC